AAGGCAAUGACGGUUCGAUCAUCAACUACCCAAGCCAGCAAAAUACAAGAUCUGUUCUUGAUCUAUAGAUGAAAUAAUAAGAUGGCAUUGAUGGGUAUAUAACAACUUAUAGCAUAAUGUGUAGCAUACGUCAUUUGACAUUUAGAUUCCUGAUGCAUUUGAGAGUAGGAGGAAAAAAGAAAAACAAGUGUCAUGUAGUGUGGAUGAAACUAGCACAUUCCAUCACAGCAAUGAUUCAUCAUAUACGUUUGCGCCGCUUGUUGAGCUUAAAAAAUGUGAUCAUUUUUGGGAUUUUGACUCUAGUGUUCAUAUUUUUUAUCCGUAAGUUUGCUUUCAGUAAUGAGCUAUACAAACAUGACAGCAAAAGUGUCAUCUACAAGCACAAUUUAAUUAGUCAAUUAAGGAAGUCCAACCUUAAUGAUGUUGUCCACUUUAAAAACUCAGGCAGCAAUGGAGAUGAAAAAAUACUUUAUCACAAGGAUACCAGACCUCCUUUAACUGUACCAAGAAUAGCCAAGUACUGUAACCCUCCUAAUAGCCAGCCAAUGGGAGAUGAAGGUGUUGUAUCUGAUGAUUAUAAACUGAUAAAUGUUCAUGUUGUUAUACGACACGGAGAUCGCUCACCUAUAUCCAGGUUGCCUGGGUUUCAGAGGGAAGACAUGAGCUGUUUGUUGGAUGUGUCUCAAUUUUCUCACAUUCCUAAAGUGGCCAACUACCCCCAUGUAAUUGCUACAGCAUCUGAGGAACGCUCAAAGGAUAAUUCUUUCAAAAGAUGGUCAGUGUAUCCGUCCCAUACCAUAUGUGCUGAUGGUCAGCUGACUGGAAGAGGGGCUAUCCAGCAGAUCCUGAAUGGUAUACACUACAGUGAGAGGUACUUCCACCAGCACCAGCUGUUUGAUGCCACCAACUGGCCAAAGAAAGUGGUUGCCUACAGCACAGAGGUGUCCAGGACAUACCAAAGUGCUGUAGCUUUUCUGUACGGUCUCCUCCCCAGCUUUGAAAUUGGGAAAAUUAACCUAAAACAUGCAUCGAAUAUCAAUUUUUGUGAGGAGAAGAUCGUGCAUGGGGCCUGCACAUGCCCCGGUGUGGAUACCGCGAGAAACCGGGCAGGCAGAGAAUGCCGGAUGGAGCCCGGGUACGCUGUGAUAAUGAAACGUUAUAGUCACCUUGUGGAUCAUAUAAGCGAAGUGGUGAAUCUCAAAGCGAAAGAUUUACAGUAUCCAUCUCCGAUAAUGGAUAGUUUAACUGGAUACGCCUGCCAUAACAUGCCACCCCCAUGCAACGCCAACAACACCUGCAUCACCGCCAAGACUUUAGAAGCCAUUUGGGAGCCCAUAGACUACCAGAGCAGCUGUUUGAACAGAAAUGAAAACUACAAAAAGUUUUCUAAAAUUGCCAUGCAUGGUCUGAUUUACAGAAUCGUUUUAGAAUUGAACAUUGCUAUAGAGAACGGCACUAACCCAGCAUUCCAUCUGUAUUCAGGCCAUGAUACCACUGUCUCUCCUCUUAUCUCAGCUUUAGAACUUGAAGAUGGGGUCUGGCCAGGAUAUGCUUCUAGAAUAGUCUUUGAGCUGUACAAAAAACAGAGCACUGGCGAACAUGUGAUUAGAAUUCUUCAGAACGGCAGAGUUGUGACGAAGGAAUCUAUUUUCUGUAGGGGCAAAACUAAGGAUGGGUUCUGUAAUUUUGAGAACUUGAAAGACUUUGCAUCUAGGGAUAACUUUGUUUCCCUGUGUGAAUCACUUUAAGUGAAACAAAGAUGUACCAUAGCAUAUUAUUUUUAUAUACUAUUUAUUCAAAUAAUAAACUGCAGAACAAAAUGUUAAAAUUGUUACUUGUAGUUUCAUUUGUUCACAUUGAAUUAUACAUAUAUUGUAAUUUAGUUGAAUUUUGAACACAUUUUUCUUUCUAGUCUUUAUCUAUUCUGUAACUAUUAAUUGUUAUAAUUGUUAUUUGAUUAUUGUUAAAAUUUUAUACAUAUUAAAUUUUUAACAUGACAAGGUUGACUUAGCAACAGCUGUAUCUAUAAUACAAUGUAAUGUUCU